AUGCCGGCUUUCAUGAGGUCAGCUAGAUCAGCCGUGGUGACGGCAGCACCGACGACAGCUGGACCAUCAAAACCACACCCUUCCUUCACAGCUAAUACGGCAGCUUCUCUCUCGAGCUCUGCCGUCAAGCUCACCGAAGAGUCUCUUCAUGUGCUCCACCAAUUUCUCGCCUAUGCCGAUCCAGAGUCGGCCAGCCUUCUUCCUCUCACUGACAACGAUGACGCUUCAUCGUCCAUACCCGCUGCACUCGACCGAGUCGAUCCAGAGAUCCCAAUACCCGAAUGGAACGUCCUAUAUACCACCACAUCCCCACCCGCCACACCCGGUGGCUUUGCAUCUUCCAUCACCGUCCGCUCCCAUCCAGAUCCCAACCGAUUCCUUUUCAGCGUCCAGUCUACCCUUCCCGGCGUCACAGCGAGACAAUUCUGGUCGCUUAUGGCCAGUGCAGAGAAUCGAAAGCUCUGGGACAACACUGUUGAGGAAGCAGCGGUCAAGCGUUGGCUAUCGAACGAGCCGCGCCUUUCAUCGAAUGCUGCGCCUGUCUCCAGUCUUACAACAGAGAUAGCUCGAGCCGUAGCUGCUCGUGUCGAGCUUCUUCGCUUCGGAAGCAUUUUCAUGGUCGCCAAGGCUAGAGACAUGGUUCUUCUCAGCGUCGAUGCUCGGCUCCCUCCCAAGCAAUCUUCUUCUGACUCGGGCGCCGGACAGGGCCGACUCCGCCUCGUCUCCACAUCGCAAAGCGUCAUUGAUCCCAGUCUGCCACCACGCAAAGGCUACACCCGCUUCGAACUCAAAACGGGCGGCUUCAUGGUCGAAGAUCUAGGUGACGACGGCGUGCCAGACAGCUUUGCAGGCAUGUCUGAUCUCGGCAAGAGCACUUCAUCUCCAACCUCCGCGAAAGGCUCGCAUAUCCGCAAGGGUCUCUUCGCCCUUGGUCGACGGGGACGAUCGAACUCCUCCAGCAGCUCUGGCAGCAGACAUCUUCGGCAAGGUUCCGACUCUGUCGAUGGUACUAGCAUCAGCGUAGCGCCUCCUCCCCCUUCCGCCCCCAUCCGCGAUCCGCGUGGACCAGCGGUGUGUAUCACCCAAGUCUCUGAUCUCGGUGAAAUGGCUGCUUGGGUCCCAGCUUCGGUCAUCAAGAUGGUCGCCUCGACGCUGGUGCCAAGAAGCAUCUCGUCCGUCGCCAAAGUCGCAAAGACGAUGCACGUCUCACCUUCAUUGUAUCACGAUUUCGACUCGCAUUCAAGCACCGAUCCGGACAACGUAGCCGAGAGUCUGGGGCAAGGAGGUGGCACCUGGUACAAGCACAGAACGCUGCCCGCCAUGGUAGGCCAGGGUGUCCUCCGCAAACCUCGCCCCCCAGUGGAAAGCAAGGAACCAUCGCCAGGAAUGCAGACGCCAUCCACUCCGGAGCGUGUUGCGACGACGCGUUUGUCUGACGUGCCAGAGAUACUUGCUACGCCUAGGAAAUUGGACACACCUCAUAUCCAAUCUAGCGACACAGCACCACAGAUUCCAGCGGAGAAGGCCGCACCUGCCGAAGCGUCAGCCGAACCGGGUCAGACCAAGAUCCUCACCCCAGUUCCGGCGACAGGGCCGCCUAAGAGCCCAUUGCCGCCUCGCACAUCCUCUCUUCCUGGAACACCAGUACUUGAUCGCUCUGCUGUCACCUUCCCCGGUUCGCCCAACAAGCCGACAUCACCGGGCAGCCCGCUGGCCCGUCCCACCAUGAUGCUCGAUCUGCAAAGUCUGGCUCCUCCUUCUUUUGCGGGCCGAGGGCUGCGCAAGUCCACGGGAAGCGCAUCACCCGCGUCGCCGGGCAUGUUUACCUCUACCGACUCGGACAAUGGCGCCGAUGACCCCAUGUCGUACUCUGUAUCCUCGUUGACCUCUUCGGCCCUGCUGUCUCCAGCGCGGAUGAAGAAACGCUUCAUUCCCAUGACGCCCUCGGAGGGCACUGAGACGGUCCCUGGCUCGGUGGCUGCUAGCGACUUUGAAGAAGCUGGUCGGGGAGACUAUCUGUCCAAAGGCCGAACUUCGGAUCAGCCUAUCUAUGGGCUUGCGGCUCAACAGUUCAAACGAGCUACGUUGAACUUGGCGCCGGAUGAUCAGCAGGAGGUCCUUCAGGACGUGGAGGACGCUGGGGAGGAUGUGAUGCUGCGUCGGGAGGAGCAUGGCUCGCCGCCAGCGAUGGCUUUGACAAUGAGUCCAGCCGAGAAGCGUUCACGGCUUUUGUCCGAUGAAUACUUUGCCACCCACGUGGACGGUGGACGUCACGAGCAUCAGCCGCGCAGCGACAAAUCGUCAGGUGACACCGCCGGCCAGCGUCCCGCCUCGAAGCGUGGAGAUACGAACGAGCAAGAUAGGAGGGAACGUCCAACAGCACCAGGAUUGGAGCGAAAGAUGCGCCGUCUCUCGUCGGCACUCUUCGCCGAGAUGGAACGGCGGCAGAACUCGCAGUCUGGCUUCUCGCCUCGAUCAUUUUCCACAAAGCAGCCACUACCUAGCAUCGAUAUCCAACAAGAUGGGCCGAUGCCCUCGCAGCCAAGUACCGACUUGGUGGCUCUGUUGGCGGACGCGCUGUCCGAGUCGAUGCCGUUCAUGACGACGGAUCAGGGGCAGGUCAAGGAGCAAGCGCGACGUGUGAGUGCGAUGCUGCUGGCGGGAUCGGACGCGCUGGCGCUGAGUCUGGCUCCAGGAGCACGGCACAGUUUGGGACUGCAGCUGGACGGGCUGAGUACGCCGUCGGAAGGGUCUGAGGCGCCGACGCCUCGCUCGUCUGGUGGGUAUGACAGCGUGGAUGGGUCGGCGUUGGCGGGCAGUGACAAGGGGAAGGGGAAAGCGAAGGCAAAGGAGGUGCGCGCGAGGUAUCCCGACAGUUUGGGCGUGUCUGUUAGUCCGAGCAAGUCGUCUGCGGGCGCAGCGUCGCGUCGCAGCCGCAAGAUCUCGCUCAACUCGACGGCGCGCUCGAUCUCUGUGUCUGCGUCGCGUGCUGAUGUCGUAGCGACAACGGCGAGCGUGAUCUCUGUCCGUAGUGCGUCGACGAAACAGGAUACCAGCACUGUGAUCGGUGCCGCAGCCGCAGCAACGACGACGACAGAAAGCUCGACAACGUCGUCCGGCUUCACCAACGCUGCGAGUUCAAGCGGCAGCUCGCACCUCACGCACAGCACCGCAGGCACGUCGGUGCAGGGUUCGAAUGCUGACAUUGGCGCCUCAACAACGGCGGGGCCGGGCGUGGGAGAGGCGAAACCGGACGCGACGACCAAAGCGGUCGAGACGCUGCGCGAGCUCGAUCGAACGAGUCGGCGGUCGGUGCGUGCGGUGAAGCGCAAUCUUGUGACUAGUGCGCCUUCUGCCGCCAGUGGUGCGAAUCGGGCGAGGAGCAGCGGGUACAGCGCACGCCUGCUGUCUGGGUUGGCGUACUACAGCGGGUAUUCGUGGUACGUCUCUCCCGCUCCGCCGCCCGAGAGCCCAGUGGCGGGGGCCACUCCGAGGGCCGGCCUCUCCGCGUCCGCUGCGGCACCAGCAGUCGGGGUGACGAUCGGCGGAGGAGGUGGCGGUGGGCUGCACCGGCCUAUUUCAACCAGGUCGAGCGCUGCGGCAAGUGGGCCGCGGAUCCCGGCGCAACACUCACUGGGACGCAAGCGGACGCGAGCCAACUACAAGCUUGAGAACAAUGCCAAGCUGCACCCAUUCCCUGGGUCGCUGGGCAAGCGCACGGGACAGGGUGUCCCCGCUGCUGCCCCUUCGUCCGUGGGCGAUCGUGGCACCGCUGCUGCUAGUGACGCCGCGACGAGCAGCAGCGCAGGCCCAGCCGCACUGCCGCCGCCGAUCACAGGGUUCGGUGUCGGGAGGAUGCGCAGAUACGCCCCUGGCUCUGGCACCCAGGGCUCUGGCGCGGCUGCGGUUGCGGCUGCAGCGGAGGACAGCCGCAGGUCGAGCAGGGGCUCGACGUCUGCGCGAUACCAGGGCCAGAACGCCGAGCAGCGCGCCGGCGAGAGUCAACCCGGCAUGGACGCCGUAGAGGGUGUGCAUGAGGACCAGGACCAAAACGUGGACGUGGACGAGGUCGAGGACGAGGACGAGAGUUGGGAAGACGACGCCAGCCCGGCUCCCGCGGCGCACCCGCAUGCCCCACCGACAAGCGCCGCUGCCGUCGCUGUCUAA